GCCGGGACGCGGUGGCGGCGGCGGCGAUGGCCAUGGCCGGGGCGCUGGCGGGGCUGGCGGCGGGCUUGCAGGGCCCGCGCGUCGUGGCCGGGCCGGACUCGGACUCGGACACGGACUCGGAGGACCCGAGUGCCCGGCGCGGCGCGGGCGGGCUGCUCCGCUCGCAGGUCAUCCACAGCGGUCACUUCAUGGUGUCGUCGCCACACAGCGACUCGCUGACCCGGCGGCGCGACCAAGAAGGGCCCGUGGCGCUCGCUGACUUCGGGCCGCGCAGCAUCGACCCCACACUCACGCGCCUCUUCGAGUGCAUGAGCCUGGCCUACAGCGGGAAGCUGGUCUCCCCCAAGUGGAAGAAUUUCAAGGGCCUCAAGCUCCUCUGCAGAGACAAGAUUCGCCUCAACAACGCCAUCUGGAGGGCCUGGUACAUUCAGUAUGUGGAGAGGAGGAAGAGCCCCGUGUGUGGCUUCGUGACGCCCCUGCAAGGACCGGAGGCUGAUGAGCACCGGAAGCCCGAGGCCGUGGUCCUGGAGGGCAAUUACUGGAAGCGGCGCAUCGAGGUGGUGAUGCGCGAGUACCACAAGUGGCGCAUCUACUACAAGAAGCGGCUCCGUAAGUCCAGCAGAGAAGGGGAUCUCCUGUCCCCGAAGCAGGUGGAGGGGGGCUGGCCCCCGCCGGAGCGAUGGGAGCACCUCUUCUCCAGCGUGGUGCCCGUGCUGCUGGGGGGCCCCGAGGAGGAGUCCAGCGGGCGGCAGCUGCUGGACCUCGACUGCCUCCUGUCCGACAUCUCCGACACCCUCUUCACCAUGACCCAGCCCAGCCCUGCAGCCCUGCAGCUGCCCCCCGAGGACGCCUACGUGGGCAACGCUGACAUGAUCCAGCCUGACCUGACGCCACUGCAGCCCAGCCUCGACGACUUCAUGGACAUCUCAGAUUUCUUCACCAACUAUCGCCCCCCACCCACGCCCACGCCGUCGAACUUCCCGGAGCCCCCCAGCUUCAGCCCCAUGGCCGAGCCCCACUAUGGCAGCGGACUCCUGGGUGCUGAGGUGCCCCCCGCCCCCCCGGCCAUGGCCUACCUCUCAGGGCACCACGGUCUGCAGGCUCAGAGCAGCUGCCCUGUCCCCCUGGACUCCGGCGCUUUCCUCAGCUCCGAGUUUCUCCUUCGGGAAGACCCCAAGUCCAAGCACCCACCUGUCCCACUCCUCCACUACCCGGCCCCCGACAAGGGGCCCUGCCUGGAGCCCUGCGCCCCCACCCGCUUCAGGCCCCCAGCCCCGCCCCCACCCCCUGCUUUGCUGCCUGAAGAGCCGGUUUUCUCGCCCAGGUUCCCCUACCCAGCAGUGCCCCCCACCCCGGACUUCUCCCCACUGCCGGCCCCCACAACCUUCGCCCCCACCCAGCCGCUGCCACCGGGCCCUGGCCCCACCCCAGCCCGUUUCCCGCUGGACCGUCUCUCCUCGGGCUAUCCCGAACCUCCAUUUGGGCCUCAUUUCGCGGUGCCCCAGGGCGUGAGACCCAGAGGCAAGCCCCCCGCCCAGAAUCCUCGGGGGCGGAAGCCCAGUCCCCCCACCUUGGCCCCUGCCACGGCCAGCCCCACCGCGGGCAGCACCAACCCGUGCCUCACGCAGCUGCUGACAGCAGCCAAGGCCGAGCAAGCCCUCGAACCUCCCCCGGCGUCCGGCGCCCUUCUCCAGCCCCCAGAGUCCCCGAAAGCAGUGCCUGACGCCCCCUGCGCCUUCUUCCCAUCCACCCUGGCGCCCGCGCCGCCCCGACCCCCUCCGGGCCCGGUCCCGCGGGCCCCACCCCGGCCCCUCGUUGUCCCCAAAGCUGAACGGCUGUCGCCGCCGGCGCCCAGCGCCGCAGGAGGCGAGCGGCGGCCGUCUGCGGAGCUCAACGCGCUGCCCGGUCCCGCGGCGCCCUUGGGCGCGCGCCUCUCGCCCCCGCACCCGGUCCCGAGCCGGGGCCGGCCCGACAGCCACAAGACCGAGAGCCGCCGCAUCACGCACAUCUCGGCCGAGCAGAAGCGCCGCUUCAACAUCAAGCUGGGCUUCGACACGCUGCACGGGCUGGUGAGCACGCUGAGCGCGCAGCCCAGCCUCAAGGUGAGCAAGGCCACCACGCUGCAGAAGACCGCCGAGUACAUCGCCAUGCUGCAGCAGGAGCGCGCCGCCCUGCAGGAGGAGGCCCAGCAGCUGCGCGACCAGAUCGAGGAGCUCAACGCGGCCAUUAAUUUAUGCCAGCAGCAGCUGCCCGCAACGGGGGUGCCCAUCACACACCAGCGCUUCGACCAGAUGCGGGACAUGUUUGACGACUACGUCCGGACCCGCACACUGCACAACUGGAAGUUCUGGGUCUUCAGUAUUCUCAUCCGGCCUCUGUUCGAGUCCUUUAACGGGAUGGUGUCCACGGCCAGCCUGCACAGCCUCCACCAGACCGCGCUGGCCUGGCUCGACCAGUACUGCUCUCUUCCUGUCCUCCGGCCAACCGUGCUGAACUCCCUCCGCCAGCUGAGCACGUCCACGAGCAUCCUCACGGACCCCGGCUGCAUCUCGGAGCAGGCCAAGCGUGCUGUCACCCAGGGCUCCCCGAACAAGCCUCUAUAGACGGACCCGGCUGCGGGCCUCAGGGACAGCCUCUGCGUACCACCCUCUGGCCCAGGCCCUGGCGGUGCCCUCUCCUGUGGGUUGAGCUCUGGACCAGCCUUCCCCAGCAGUCGCAGCUGCCAGAAC